AUGAAUGGAACCAACGAAUUAAAUAUUCUUUUUGAUCAAUUAAAAAUAAAGACUCCACAAAAGAGUCCAUUUUUGUCACCUCCAACCUCAGAUUUAAAGACUUUUGCAUCAAAUAGUCAUUUAAACUUUAGUAAUAACAGUACUCCAACAUCUAGUGCAGCUACCUCAAAUGCCACAACACCAGGAACUCCAGAAGCUGUCCGUAUACAUGGAGGAAGAUCACCAGUACCAUUUGAAUUAAUGAAUAGAAUUUUAUCUUUAAUUAAAGAUAAAAAAGCUAAUGAUGGUGAACAACGUAAUAUAAGAGAAAUUGAACAUAGAAGAAAACGUCUUAAUCAAGUUACCAUGCAAAGGUCACGUACCAUCAAAAACCCAAUAAUAAAAAAAUUUCUUCAGCAAAAAAAAGAAUAA